AUGGCAACUAUCUACCGCAAGGCCAGCAGUGUCUUGAUCUGGUUAGGCGAAGAGGACUCAACUAGCAAAUUUGCCAUGGAAUUUGUGCCUAAGAUAAUUCGAAGCGACUUUCAGUGGGAUGGCUCAUGGUGGGAACAAUACGGUUUUAUUACCCUGGCCCAGAUUUUGGAAAGACCUUGGUUUCGACGAGGCUGGGUUCUCCAAGAAGCUGCAUUCUCAACAAACUCAACUAUUUACUGUGGCGACCGUCAAGUCCAUAUGGACCAUUUUGCCAUGACUAUAGACUUGGUUCGGGCUAGGCUCAGCAGCAUACUACCGUCUUUCAGUCGCACAGGAAAUACAAUGCGGACAGAGAUAUUGGCCAACUUUCAUGACUCACCUGCAGUUAAGCUUCUGGAUACCAUCGAAGGUGUAUUCAGAAAGUCUGAGGAUGGACACAUUCUUCAUCGUAGAAUGUCCUUAGAGACGCUUGUGGCUUUGGGGACUUCCAGUGAAACGACCGAUCAGCGAGAUACAAUCUAUGCUUUGUUGAAUCUGGCUAGUGACAUAGCAGCGUGGUCACAGCCCGACCAAUCCGACGCCAUAAUUCCGAAUUACGGCAAGAAUGUACUGGAUGUUUAUGUCGAUUUCAUUCUCCACUGCUGUCACCAUUCAGGGUCAUUGGAUAUCAUUUGCCGUCCUUGGGCGCCAAUUUCGUCCUCUAUAGUACAUACUACUGGCCAAGACAGGCGAGCCGACCACACAUUACUAAAAUACCCGUCAUGGAUAGCGCCCAGAGACGGUUUACCUUUCGGCGAUCCUUCUCGGCGAUUGAAACACCGUUUACAUGGCAAUCCAUUCGUUGGCAGCCAUCAGAAGCCUGUUUACAAUGCUCAUUACGGAUUGAAACCUCAUGUUUCUGUGGGAAGAAAUGAAGUCGACGGGGCAUGUGAUGGGUCAUUUUACGCGAGUGGUAUCAUUCUCGGGGAGGUUGCUCGAAAAUCAACAAGAUUGGCGAGUGCUAUUGUAACGAAAGAGAGUUUGGAAAUCCUUGGAACGAUCUCUCGCAAAUCUCACUCAGAUCUUAUCAAUAUGCCAGACACCAUUUGGCGCACACUUUGUGCAGACCGUGAUGGCAGAGGCCAACCUGCGCCGUCGGUCUAUCGAGUGGCAAUGCUUCACCUGUUGCAGAUCAGCUUUAAGACUCCGAAACCCGAGAGUUCUACUAAUCUGCUCGAGCAUAUGUCUAGUAUUGAUAUUGAAGAACUUUUGGACACCGAAAUACCCAUCCACGUCAAGAAAUACCUUGCGGUUGUUCGGGAUGUUAUUUGGAAUCGUCGAACAUAUAAGUCAAAAGUGAAUGAUGGCAAUAAGGGACCUUUGGUCGGCCUUAUACCUCAAAACGCGAAGGUCGGUGACCAGGUGUGUAUUUUGUAUGGCUGCAGUGUGCCAGUUAUCCUUCGGAAGCUGCCUAGCUCUGAUGAUGAGAGUUGUUGGCAGUUGAUUGGCGAUGCAUACGUUUACGGAAUUAUGGAUGGGGAAGUAAUUCGUUCGGCAUCAACACAGACACUUAAGACCACAGAAACCAAGUUUAAAAUACGAUAA